CUGGGCAGCGGGCGGAGGCACAGGCACGUCAGCGGGCACCGAGUCAUCUGGCAAGACAGCGGCACCGAGUCAUCUGGCACGACAGCGGGCACCGAGUCAUCUGGCACGACAGCGGGCACCGAGUCAUCUGGCACGACAGCGGGCACCGAUUCAUCUGGCACGACAGUGAGCUCUGAGUCAUCUGGCAGAACCGCAGGCACCAGGUCACCAAGCUCGACAGCGGGCACCGAGUCAUCUGGCACGACAGCGAGCUCCGAGUCAUCUGGCACGACAGCGGGCACCUAGUCAUUUGGCAA